CUCCUGCCAGCCUCCUUCCUCUUCUGUGUACCGCUUAAAGUACACGAGUAUAAGUAUUAGUAGUACAGUAGCGCAAGUAGAAGUAUCCGUAGGAUUAGGUAGUACAAGAUGGCAGAGUUGGAGAGUUUGGAGUUUGGGAAAUCCGACUUUAUUUUGUUGGAUGAAGUGACGAUGGAGCAGUUCAUGGAGAAUCUGAAGCUGAGGUUCGAGAAGGGUCGUAUCUACUCGUUCAUCGGGGAGGUGGUGGUGUCGGUGAAUCCGUACAGACAGAUGGACAUUUACGGCGCCGACACCAUCGCCGCCUACAGAGGCCGAGAACUGUACGAGAACCCGCCCCACCUCUACUCCGUGUCCGACGCCGCCUACAAGGCCAUGAAGAGGAGGGCCAAGGACACGUGCAUCGUUAUAUCAGGAGAGAGCGGAGCUGGAAAAACCGAGGCCAGUAAAUACAUCAUGCAAUACAUUGCCGCCAUCACCAACCCCAACAUGAGAGAGGAGGUGGAGAGUGUGAAGAACGUUCUGCUGAAGUCCAACUGCGUCCUAGAAGCUUUUGGAAACGCCAAAACGAACCGAAACGAUAACUCCAGUCGCUUCGGCAAAUACAUGGACGUGAACUUUAACUUCAACGGAGACCCGACUGGAGGACACAUCAACAACUACCUGCUCGAGAAGUCUCGAGUGGUUCAGCAGCAGAGAGGAGAGAGAAACUUCCACUCAUUCUACCAGUUACUUCGAGGAGGUUCUGAGGAGAUUCUUCAAUAUCUGCACCUCCAGAACGAUCCUGCACUUUACACAUACACCAGAGAGGGCGCUGCAGCCUCUACUUCCAACAACGACCGGUCGAGCCACAAGGCGGUGCUGCACGCUCUGCAGGUGAUCGGCUUCACGGAGGAAGAGGUCAGCUCCAUCUAUGAGAUUCUGGCCACCAUCCUGCUCCUGGGUAACCUCCAGUUUGAGAGUGAGGCAGAGUCCGUCGAGGUCUCCCCUCCUGAGUCUUUGGUCCACAUCUCGGCCCUGACUCACACAGACCCAGACUCUGUGAGGAGCAGCCUGCUGUGCCGCACUGUGGCCACAGGGGGCGGCGAUGUCAUCCAGAAGCAGCACUCUGCACAGGAGGCCUGCUUCGGAAGAGACGCCUUCGCAAAGGCUUUAUACGAGAGGCUGUUUGCGUGGAUCGUCAGCCGCAUCAACAGCAUCAUCGAGGUGAAAGACUAUAACCCAGUGCUUCAUGGGAAAAACACGGUCAUCGGAGUCCUGGACAUCUACGGCUUUGAGAUCUUUGACAACAACAGUUUUGAGCAGUUCUGUAUUAAUUACUGCAAUGAGAAGCUCCAGCACCUUUUCAUCGAGCUGAUCCUCCAGCAGGAGCAGGAGGAGUACGAGAGAGAGGGCAUCGUCUGGGAACAUAUCGAUUACUGUGAUAACCAGCCCAUCGUGGACCUGGUGGAGCAGCAGCACAGAGGGAUCAUCUCCAUCCUGGAUGAGGCCUGUCUCAGUGUGGGACAAGUCACCGACACAGUCUGUCUCCAGAGCAUGGACACCAAGCUCUCCCAGCACCCACACUACACCUCCAGACAGCUGAACCCAUCUGACAAGAGCAUGGAGUUUCAGAAGCACUUCAGGAUCCAACACUACGCAGGAGAAGUCACAUAUUCCAUUGAAGGAUUCUUGGACAAAAACAAAGAUCUGCUCUUUCAGGAUUUCAAACGCCUCAUGUUCAACAGUUCAAACUCUGUGCUGCAGCAGAUGUGGCCUGACGGUCAGAUGAGCAUCACCGAGGUCACCAAACGCCCCCAGACCGCCGCCACGCUCUUCAAGAACUCCAUCAUCGCCCUGGUCCACAAACUCGCCUGCAAGGAGCCUUACUACGUGCGCUGUAUUAAACCCAACGAGGUCAAGUCCUCCGUGAUCUUCGACGACGCUCGCUGCAAACACCAGGUGGCGUACUUGGGUCUGCUGGAGAACGUGAUGGUGCGGAGAGCAGGGUUCGCCUACAGACAGCCCUACGAGAGGUUUCUGCAGAGGUAUAAGAUGACCUGUGAGUACACGUGGCCGAACCACCUGAUGAGCAGUGACCGUGAGGCGGUGAAGGCCAUCGUGUGUCAGCACGGCUUCGAGCAGGACGUGGAGUACGGAGCCACCAAACUGUUCGUGCGCUCUCCACGAUCUCUCUUCAGUCUGGAGCAGGAGAGGAACCAGCUCAUCCCCAUACUCGUGCUCUUUCUGCAGAAGGUGUGGCGUGGAGCUCUGGCCCGGAUGCGCUGUCGUAGAAUGAGGGCUAUUUACUGCAUCAUGCGCUAUUACAAACGCUACAAACUGAAGGCGCACUUCUGGGAGCUGGAGCGACUCUUCAUGAACGUGCGGAGUAUGAGCGACUACGGGCGGAGCUUAGUGUGGCCCGAGCCCCCGGCAGCUCUGAAUCGAUUCCACAAUCUCACUGUCAUCCUGUACAAGAGGUGGUGGGCUCGUCAGGUGGUUAAAAAGAUCCCCCCCUCUGACAUGCUGGAGGUUCGGUGUAAAGCAGCAGCGUGCUCGGCUCUGAGGAAGGAGAGGAAGGACUGGGGAGUGCCACGCGCCUGGGAGAGGGACUACCUCAGUAAUAGUAAAGACAGUCCUCAGACCUGCUCCAGUUUUGUCCAGUUUUACAAAGAACUCAAGAACAAAGACGAGUUCAGCCAAGUCCUGUUCUCUGGACUUAACCAGGAGGUGAAUCGCUUCAGUAAGAGCUCAGACCGCGCUCUGCUGCUCACUGACAAAUACAUCUACAAACUGGAGCCAAAGAGACAGUUCAAGAUCCUCAAGAGGGCGCCACUGGACACGCUGACCGGGGUGAGCGUGACCUCGGGGACGGACCAGAUGGUGGCGCUGCACAGCUCCUCUCAGGACGACAUCCUGCUGUGCCUGCAGAGGGGGCUGCUGAGUCCAAACCAGGACCGAGUGGGGGAGCUGGUGGGCAGCCUGGUGCACCACUUCACCAGGGUGCGUAAGGUCCCGUUCCCGGUCAAAGUGUGCAGCUCCUCUGUCCAGCUCCACAUGAGAGGAAAACCCAAAACUGUCACCGUGGAAACCAGAGCCUCUCUCAACACGGCCGACUUCAAGAAAUCUAAAGACGGGUUUAUACUUUUCACCCCAGCAAACUGAAACUACCACAACUACCACAACGAGAGUAGAGGCUCUUCUGAAGUCAGUAGAUACUUUGCAGUGACAUCGCGCGCGGGGGUGUUCUACAUGUAUGUCUAUGGUUGAAUGUUUAACAGUUAUUAUGGAGACACAUCAGCAAACACUGUCAAAAAGUUUUUAAGAUAGUGUGAACUUACAAAAUGGAUUUAAACGUCACAUUUUGAGGAGCCUGUGAUCAGUGCGAGUGUUCAUGGUUCUUUUUAGGAGUUUGGUUUUCAACAAAAAGAUGAGAGCGACUAACUGGAAAACUGUUGGGUAAUGCAAGAUUUUGACUGUAAUAUUAUUUGAGAGGAACUUUAACAGCACAAAUCAGCUACAUUGGCUCUUUAUUGUGUAAUUGUGGUCAAAUUAAGCUCAGAUUAAGUCUAACAGAGCUUCAGACAGAGCAGUGCACUCAGUUAGGAUAAUGUGGAUGACACCAGCUGCAAAGUAUCAAUAGACUUAAAGACCCUGUACUUGAUUUUACCCCAUGUAUUGUAGCAAAAACUCUUGCCCCAGUAAAGGUAAAAAAAGCCACAAAUUUUACUCAUUAUUUUGUAUUUACUUCAAAAUAAUAUUACCGUAUUUUCCGGGCUAUUAGGUCGCUCUGGAUUAUAAGACGCACUGUCAUUAAAUGGUCUAUUUUGGAACUUUUUUCACAAAUAAACCGCGUGGGACUUUAAAGGAAACCCAACAGUGUGGAUGGGUGAGUGGUUUUGUUUGUUUGUUCGUUCACAGUGACUCUGGGCUUUGUUCAGUUGUGGCGUGUAGGGAGGGUGUGUCUGGGACCAACGGAUUGUCGGCGUGUUCGCAGUGACUCAGUUGUUCAGUUGUGUCUAGAAGUGGCACAUUGGACUCGCUUUUUCGGUUCGUUCCUCCGUUCUGAUGAGUGUGUCUGUGUUUGUGUUUCGCUGUGCGGUCGCUGUCUGCUCCGUGUGUGUUUGUGUGUUCUGUGGGUGUUGUUGUUUGUAGUUUACUGAAGUCGUGCUGGGACACCUGAGUGGAUUCGUGCUCUGGAUUGUGGGGCGGGCAGUUAUUUUUUGAUGGGGUUAGAGGCUUAAGAGCGCAACUAAUAGUGCAGGAAAUACUGUAAUCAUGUAGAAGUACAAAGUAGUGGUCCAAGAAAUGACUCAAGAGUCUUUUAAAGAGUAACUGCCUGAACAUAACAUGUGAUUUAAGAUUUGAAGUGAAUGUAAUUUGAAGGACAGAACAUGAGUCAUAAGCCAAAACACAAAUGUUCAAAUCAUUUCAUAUUGUCACAUGAAACUUUUGUCACUUUAGACUCACAGUGAGAAGAGGAAGCACAACUUUUACUCAAGUAAUGUCGGACAUAUAUUGUGUGAUAUUUUUCGAUGGUUUCACUCAGCCCCAGCUCUAACUGUACGACCAAAUCACAGAGUUUAAAAGUUCACAGCUCAGGAUGUAUGUUCUCAUUAUAUGAUCCAGUGCUCGGUGGAAACCCUCACGAGAGGCGACUGGAUUUCAAACGGGUUUAAUAUUUUUGCGACCUGUGGUUACCAAUUGGGAGCUUGUCGUGAGGUAUUAAUCAGUUCUAAUUACCCCAUGUUUACUACACCAAGCAUGACACAUGAUUAAGACAAAAGACAGUGAAAAAUCAUCUCAAAAAGGGCCAAAAAUCACACAGUGUAACAUACACCGGGCUUAAUAGUACUGUUACUCUGUACUUUAUAUUACUCAACUUAGUCUACGUUCAGCCUGCAGGGCUUAAUACUUGAUUCAGAUUUUUUUUUAUUUUUUUAUUUUUUUUGCAGUGUCGUUCGCAUUUCUAAUUAAAUGUGACUUGUAUGUGAUCUCCAGUGUGAACUUUUCACUCCCCAAAAGUGUCUCACAUGAGCAUCGGAGGACACAACAAUGUCACACACACUGAAUGAAUGUGAUCUGGACGUUCAGACUGAAGUCACAUGUCACAAGAUCAGACAUGUAAUGAAUUUUAGGAGCACAUAUCCAAGUGGUCUGGGUCACAUUUGAAAAAUCAGAUCUGUAUCGUUCAGACCUUAAAAGAUCAGAUACAGGAGCAUAGGGGCGAAAUAAAUGGAUUUGGGUCGCUUCAGUCUGCAGUUUGAACGUAGCCUAAGAGUACUGUUACUGUUGUAAAAAGUUACUCAAGAAAAUGUAACUGAGCUCAUACUCACCCCUGUGUCUCAGCAAGCCCACUGUGUACUGUCUGCAUCUAAUACACACAUCAAGAAUCUCAGACUUCCACUCAUUGUGCAAUUCAUACUGGGAAGGAUUUUCUGAAAAAGUGAGCAUCAAACCUCCAUGUUUGUUUUCCCAGUGGGAUGAGUCUAUUGACAAAGUCUUUUGAACCAUAUCACUUUUGUUUCUGGUUCUGAUAUUGUCAUAUUUUAGUUUUGGGAUUCGGACAGGAUCCCGCUUUGUUGUCGCUCCACAUACUAAAUGUUCACUGCAAACUCAGGAUGAUUUAGACAGUCAGAGUUUUCCUUUUUGGUUCUUCCUGUGGAAUCAAGUCCUGCCCAUCACCUUCAUCUUUCACUGUUUUUCAAUUCCGAUGGGAAGAGAAACAGUUUGAACAGAGGUUUGAGUCACACACAUCUGAUUCACUUUUGCAUUUAUGGAGUUCACAAACACAUUUCUCGAGCCAUUUUCCGCUGUUAGAACAUUCAACAACCACACAAUUAACAAUGUCCGAAUCCCAAAACCAAAAUAUGACAAUAUCAGAACCAGAAACAAAAGUGAUAUGGUUCAAAACACUUGAAAAGAUCAACUUUGUCAAUAGACACAUCCCACUGGGAAAACAAACAUGGAGGUUUGAUGCUCACUUUUUCGGAAAAUCCUUCCCAGUAUGAAUUGCGCAAUGACCGGAAGUCUGAGAUUCUUGAUUCGUGUAUUAUAAAGAGGGUUAUUGCCUGAGUCAGCAAGUGUGCAGUCAGCAUGCUAGUUGUUUUGAGCUUUACCGUAAUGUCACUGUCAACUGUUUAAGAUAAAGUAGUUCUGUUUUUGUGUCAUUUUGAACACCAUACAUUUUCAUAAACAUUUUUUUUGAACAAAAGUAUAUAUCCGUGCAGUGGUGUAGUCGUUCAGUUUUCACCCCAUUACAAGACGGUUACCAGUUCAGUUUAUUUGCACUAUAUUUGAAAUACCCUGGCACAGUAGAGAAGUGUUAACCCUUUCACCAGAAGGUUGCUGGUUCUCAUUCUUGCCCCUCCUUGGUGAGUUGUGAGUGGAAGGGCAUCUGGUAUAAACAUCUGCUGAUCAAAGUUCAGUUUUAUACUUGUAAUGCUGUUUUUUUAAUAUUAUUUCUUAAGUUUUAUUGUAUUUUCUUCACAUUUUAAGAACAGUACGAGGAUAAAUCGUGUAUUGUGUUUUGUAGAAUAACUCCCACAGUGUUAAUGAUCUGAGAGCACUUUUCUUCCUCUUUGUUUUCACAGACGUUUAUCUUUAUGACUCACUUUGCUUUGUACAGACACGAUGGAUUGGAGCAGUUCUUUUCACAAAUGUACAAAUGGAGGAAUUCUUAUAGAAAAUAAAUUAUUAAAUGUGAUUCAAACGAUGA